AUGACGUCUGCGCAAGAUAUCAGUGUGCUCAAAAAACAUAGAGCGAUCGUUAAGGACGCGUGCACGCGGAUUCACACAUAUAUCGAUGCGAUUUCUUUUGCCACUCCGGCUAUUGCUGCUCAGCUUGAGGAACGUAGAAUCAAGUUAGACGAAUAUUGGUCACAAUACAACGCAAUACAAGCGGAGAUAGAAUUGCUUGACGAAAAUGAGGGCAAUGACCGGAUCGGCUUCGAGGAAGCGUAUUAUUCGCUUUGCGCAAAGAUUCGCGAACUUCUUAAUCCAUUAUCAGCUCCGCGGGCGCAACCGACACAACCGUAUUCACCGUCUACGUCGAGCGCAUUCAAUCGAUCGGAAAAUCAUUGCAGUGUUAGAUUGCCCAAGUUGAAUCUUCCAACGUUUUCCGGCAAAUACGAUGAAUGGUUUCCAUUCUACGAUUCAUUUAAUUCAAUUAUACAUUCAAACGCGUCAAUCAGUGACGUACAAAAGUUACAAUACUUAAAGUCUACACUUACCGGUGACGCGAGUGGCGUAAUCAGUGCAUUAGAAAUUUCCGCCGCAAAUUAUCAAAUAGCAUGGGAUAUUUUAAAGGAACGUUAUGAUAACAGACGAAUGAUCGUUCACACGCACAUUAAAGCAAUAUUAGAUUUACCCUCGCUCACCAAGGAAGAUUCAACCGAGCUGCGUCGAAUCGCGGACGGGGCAAUCCGACAUGUUCAAGCCCUCAAGGCACUUAAAUGUCCCACGGCGCACUGGGACGAUCUGUUAGUAUACAUUCUAACCUCAAAAUUCGAUCCACGUACAUUACGAGAAUGGCAGUCCUCUUUAACAGGUACUGAAACUCCCACAUUUAAACAAUUUAACGAUUUUAUUUCUCAACAUUGUUUGGUGUUAGAGACCACAAACAAGGUCAGUCUCGCUUCCAAGGACACCAACAAAAAUUCACAAACCAACGCAAAACGACAAUCUACAUGUGCAGCAACAGUCAAAUCCAAGUGCAACUAUUGCAAGGGCGAGCAUCCCAUGUAUUAUUGCAAGGAGUUUUUGGCACUGCCAAUCAAGCAACGGGCGGUAGAGGUACGCAAUCGCAAACUAUGCGUCAACUGUCUCCGCUCUCCGAUGCAUUCAUUGGACAAAUGCACAUCUAGAGGUUGCAAAAUUUGCAAUAUCAAACACAAUACGUUGUUGCAUACGAGCACCAGCUCGGCGGAGGAUCACUCCGGCACUUCCGGCACAGGGGAAUCAAGCAUACAAAAUUCCACGACAGCCGUGACGACACAUUCGUCGAACAUUCAAGGCAAAGAUCACAUAAUGCUUUCCACAGCUGUGGUCAAUGUCAUAGCCUCCGAUGGCACAUCACAUUCAUGUCGAGCUUUACUAGAUUCAGGAUCUCAAGCAAGUUUCAUUUCUAGACAACUCGCCGCAACUCUUGGUUUACCACUACGCCCGCUAAACGUCACAAUAUCUGGUGUCAACAGUACCUCAUCAAAUGCUACAAUGGCAACCAAGGUAACACUGCAAUCCAGAUUAAAUUCUUAUUGUAGGACGAUAGACUGCAUAGUAACAGAGCGGAUAACCGAGAAGCUUCCACUGACUACUUCAAGGCGUGGAGACUACAACAUUCCUCGAAACCUCAAGCUAGCGGACCCCCAUUUCAACGUUUCCUCCAAGGUCGACAUUUUGAUCGGAGCAGAAAUAUUUUGGGAACUACUUUGCAUAGGACAAAUCGAGGCCACUCACAGCCAUCCAACUCUACAAAAAACGAGACUAGGAUGGAUUCUGGCUGGACGUCGCAGCAUCACAGCGGCGCCCGCAGAAAAUGUGCAAGCAUUCACCACCGUCAUAUCCAAUGCUCAACUGCACGAUCAACUAACACGGUUCUGGCAAAUUGAACAUCUCGGCAAUCAAGUCGUGAACAACAAGGACGAUGCUUACUGCGAGGAGCAUUUCGAAGCUAACGUUGGCCAGAACGAACAGGGCAGAUACAUAGUAAAAUUUCCAAUCCAGGAAGAAUUAAUUGGCAACCUUGGCAACACAAGGGACAUCGCAUUACGACGCUUACAAGGAACAGAGCGUCGGUUCAUACGAGAUCCCCACUUAAGGGACCAAUAUGUCCACUUCAUGGACAAAUAUUUAAAACUGGGACACAUGAAGGAAGUCAGCGUGUCUCCACUUGAGGAUACAGCAUCUUUCUACUUGCCUCAUCAUGGCGUCUUCAAAGGCGCUAAACAAUCAUCCAAGAUUCGUGUCGUUUUCGACGCUUCAAGUAAGAGCGACACAGGAUUAUCAUUAAACGACGUUUUGAGAAUCGGCCCAGUGGUGCAGCAAGAUCUGAUGUCAAUCGUGAUGCGAUUCCGCACCUUCGUUCACGCUUUGAUCGCAGACAUCAUAAAAAUGUACCGACAAGUGCUCAUACACCCUUCGCAAACAUCUCUUCAAAGAAUUUUGUGGCGCAGCGACUCCAAGGCGAACAUCAAGACAUACGAACUGAUGACAGUGACCUAUGGCACGUCAUCGGCUUCUUUCCUCAUAACCAGGUGCAUCAAACAUCUAGCCGAUCAUCACUCAUCUACGUUUCCCAUUGGAUCAGCGUGUAUAAGGCGCGACUUCUACGUCGACGAUCUACUAACCGGUGCAGACACCGUCCAAGAAGUGGAGACUCUUCGAGAUGAAACGAUCGAACUAUUAAGGCUAAGCGCAUUUGAGCUUGGAAAAUGGGCUUCCAACACCCCGGAAUUGCUGGACGCAACACUCAGUAAAAAUGACAAACCCGUUGUCAUCGACGACGACGAAAGCGCCCACUUGGGGAUCAAAUAG